GAGGCGGUCACACACCCACACCCACAACCCAAUCCACACUCAGACUCGCUCAGUCAUUCAGUCAGUGAAGUCAGAUAUGGCUAAGCAGAACUGAACUUCUUGUCGGUCAACAUCUGGACAUUGAUCUUUCCCUCAUUUGGUGUCACUUCUUUCCUUCUCUUUUCUCCUCAUCGUUAUGCACUUCAAGUGGGAAAUAAUUGAAUCACCACCAGAGAAAGGAACUCUGCUCCAAUGACUCUAAAAGUGGACUCUACUCUUUUCUACUUGCCUAGGUCAGCCAGAUGAACACACACAAACCAGCCCACAAAGCCAAGGCUAGGCAUUUGUGCUUCGUCGUCCUCCUCUGCUUCCCUUUGGCGUGGGCUGGCGUCCCUGGUCCAUGUCGACACUCUGUGACAAAGGGUCACCUCCUCAACCUCAAUCGCCUGAUUGACAAUCAGUUGGAGAAUGGCUGUUCAAUAACCUAUGUAUUUACUGAGCUCCAGAGUUUGAGUGAAGUCUGUUAUGUGAAAGCAGCCUUUCCACAAAUCCUGGAGCUUCUGAACACAAACUUCAAUUAUGUCAUGAAGUCGGACAACGGACGCUAUGUCAAAUCCCUGAAGAAGGUCAUAUACAACCUUUACUCCCACAACUGCAUACCUGAAAUCAACGAGGAGAUUGAGGACAACCCAGUGAAGUUUGUGAGGGUGCACAGCACAUCGCCCAGAGAGGCUCUGAGGAAAGCCCGCGGGGUCAUUGAGAUGUACAUGACCCUGAUGACCAAGAGCAACGGGCCUGUCGACUGGAACUGUGAGGAAGAGUACGCUGAAGAUUACCCAGAAUCCGCCACUGUCCUCCCCACCCCAACCAAAGCUGAACCUGAACCGGAACACCAGUGUGCAUGUCCAACAGUGGGUCCGGUGGCCCCUGAUGUCUCCCUGGUCUCCCACAGUGUAUGGAGCAGUCCCCCACAGCCCACCCUCUCCCAGUCCCCCAACCAUGUACCCAGGCCUCACCCACCAUUGGGUACCCACAGCGCUGACCCUGGGGUGUUCCUAGGGAGUCCUGGUACUGUAGGACCCCCCUCCCUUAGGGAGCUGCAGGUGACUGUCCCCGAUGGACAUUCACUUGGAGAGGGCAGAGAGGGGGAGUUACACUGGGAUUCUCGUCUACCUCCACCCACUGGAACUGAGUCAGACUCUGCACUCUAUAAAACAGGCUCGAACCCCCCUUCUGCCACAGACCACCCUUUAAUGUCUUCCCCUCCCAGCCUAGUUCUCAUGGAGACUGUUGGCUCCAAGGACAAGGGUUUUUACUACCCCCAGACUGAAAGGGCGAUGGAGGCUUCUGCAGACAAACCAGCAGGGAGAGGAGCAGCAGGUUCACCACACGAUCUCUUUAUUGUCCCUGGGGUCAAGCUGGUCACACCUGUCCCUUUCUUGUACAAGGUGAUGGGCAUCACCCUCAGUAGUGAUGAGAGCACUGCCUUUGUGUUGGCCAAGAGGUCACUGGACGCCAGGAACUAUGGAAUAUCCCAGGAUGGAGUUUCAACAGAGACCCCUCAACUAGAGGACACUACGAAAACAUACCCAAGCACAGAGAGAUAUUCACAUGACUGGAAGCAUCCGAUUGGGAGCACUACGACUGAAGCAUCUCCACAUUGGAAGAUGACAGAGGAGGAGCCAGACAAACUACACAUCACUACAAAGGUCCUGGGCCAAAUCAGGAAGACUGAGUCAAAACAUACUAGGACAUACUAUGAGGAAGUCUUGAGCACAGAUAUCCUGUCAGAGAAGACAGAUGUGGAUGACGCUCCUAUUUCAGAAAGGCCCAGUGAAGGCUCAGAGAAGAAAUUCCAGAAUGGGAAAACUGGUCAUUACGAUUCGAGCACCUACUACCAGACAGCCUUUAUCAUUGCAGCCGUGUGCGGCGGACUUCUCCUCAUCACAACAUUAUUCAGUGAGAAGAAGAGACUCCGAGCCCUUCUCCACAGUGCCAACAUAAUUGAAAACCAGAGGGCAUGCCGCAGCAUUAAGGACAUUGAGCUGCAGUAUUAUAAAGCCAAGGAUUGAGAGCUCUGGUAAGAGCCAUUAACAUUCCUUUCCACGUCUUCAGCUAGAUUGAAUGCUAAAUGAUUUAUUGAGUCAUUAGAAAACAUCCUUCAUUCCUAUCCAAGCACUUCGGAUGGCCAAGGUUUGGUUUUGCUUUGAGCAUUUCUCAAAUGGUAUGUUCUUUUCAAUGCCCCAUAUGUGGAAUUGGCUGGGACUAAUGCACCCCUAUUGAGAUCUGAGGGAAACAGUUUAAGAUGCUUGAGUACUGCUGCCCUCAAAUCAUGACACGUUAUAUCAUUCACACAAUGACUAAGAAGUUAGUCUCUCUCUCUCUCUCUCUCUCUCAGUAUAUCAUUCACACACUGACUAAGAAGUUAGUCUCUCUCUCUCUCAGUAUAUCAUUCACACAAUGACUAAGAAGUUAGUUUCUCUCUCUCUCUCUCUCUCUCAGUAUAUCAUUCACACAAUGACUAAGAAGUUAGUCUCUCUCAGUAUAUCAUUCACACAAUGACUAAGGAGUUGGUCUCUCUCUCAGUAUAUCAUUCACACAAUGACUAAGAAGUUAGUCUCUCUCUCAGUAUAUCAUUCACACAAUGACUAAGAAGUUAGUCUCUCUCAGUAUAUCAUUCACACAAUGACUAAGAAGUUAGUCUCUCUCAGUAUAUCAUUCACACAAUGACUAAGAAGUUAGUCUCUCUCUCUCUCUCUCAGUAUAUCAUUCGCACAAUGACUAAAAAGUUAGUCUGUCUCUCUCUUUCUCUCUCUCUCAGAAUAUCAUUCACGAAUGACUAAGAAUUAGUCUCUCUCUCUCUCUCUCUAGGACUGGUUUCAACUGCCAGUAAGAGACCAAUAACUACCUAAUUUGUCAAACAAGUGGAAGACAUGGACAUUUGGCUGAACUAUUUUAAUUGUGUCACUCUUUUGUAUAUAAAUAUCUAAGAAUAUCUAAAGUAAUCUAUUUUUAUACAAAUUAAGUUUAUUAUUCCUUAAAAUAUUGCUGGAAUUGUUUUUACAGAGAAUCUUAUGCUAUCAAAGUUAUACAAUAUUGGCCUGCUUCCAUUAUUUUUCUGUUUAAAAGGUUUGCGUGAAUUUGUCGCUCAUAGACUAUUUGGACGGUGUCAUGUACAACAGAAUUUGGAUCUUCCCUGAAAUAGUGUGGACCAAUCAACCUCCAAGGACUCUUCAGCACGGCAGGGGUUAGUGACUUCACCUAACCCUGAUGCUUCUUCACUGACACUGCCCUGCCAUCAAACAUCUCCAAGCGUGACUGAUAGAUCCUCACAGUGAAAUGUACAGUUCAAGAGUAACUGAUAGAUCCUCACAGUGAAAUGUACAGUUCAAGCAUGAC